UAAACCGGAAGCAAUCUAAAUUGAAAAUAUCAAAACAAUUUUCAAUGCACCAUACUUUUCCAAUUAUUUCUAGACAAUUGUUCAUACAAUGGACAAUUCUUUAGAUUUAAAGUAUGAAAAGCUUUUAGGGGAAGGCUCAUAUGGGAAAGUAUUCUUAGUGAAACAAGAAGAUGGGCAACAGUUUGCUGUUAAAGAAAUAGACCUAGAAAAAUGUGACGAGGCUGGUCGGGACCAAGCCAACGGAGAGGCACACCUUCUGUCUCGCCUGAAGCAAGAGAACAUUCUGACGUAUGUGGAGUCAGUGGUAUGCGAUGACUGUCUGUACAUCGUGACAGAGUUCUGUGCUGGCGGGGAUAUGGAGGACUAUCUCCAGCGGAUCAAGAAGAGCGGCAUGUCUGUCCCUGAGGCUCUUGUGUCUGACUGGAUCCUGCAGAUUGGAGGGGCUCUGAAGUAUUUGCAUGAUCAGAAGAUCUUACAUCGGGACAUGAAAACCAAAAACAUUUUCCUGAAAGAAGAUUUAACAGUAAAGCUUGGUGAUUUAGGAAUUGCUAAGGUGCUGGAUCUCAACCAGACAAAAGCUGAUACUUUCAUCGGGACACCUUCCUAUAUGAGCCCAGAGUUGUUCUCUGGCAAAUCAUACAAUCAUAAGACAGACAUCUGGGGCCUAGGUUGUUGUGUGUAUGAGAUGAUGACCUUGCAGAGGGCAUUUCAAGGUCGGGCCCUCUGGACGCUUAUCAGGGAAAUCAAGAAUGGAAAGGUUCUAGAGACUCCAGACACAUAUAGCCUCGAGAUCCGAAUGCUCGUACAGCAGAUGAUGGAGCAGCAACCAGAUGACAGGCCCAGUGCAAAGGAUAUCGUGCAGAAUGAUCUGCUUCUAUAUCACAGGGGUUCUGCAACCACUAUGGUGAGAUCAAUGCCACAGCCUAACCAGGAGUCAGAAAAGAAGAAGUCAGGAACAGGGACUGGUUCAGGUUCACUGAGAAAUGCACUGAAACAGAUGAACCAGUCAAAGGAAGACAAGUACCGCAACUCUAUUGCUCAUGUGUGUGAGAAAAUUAAUACCCUUAGAAUGACUCAGCAGGGUACUAGUUCUGGUACAAUGAUAGAGUAUGAUACAUUUGUGUAUAAGAAAGAUGACAGUGAUAGUGAUAGUGAUUUGGAAGCUCCAGGGACAGUGUUAGAUGCCAGUUUGCUCAAACAGUUUACAGAACAGCUAGACACAUUUGUGAUGAAAGAAACCUUGACACCAGUGUCAGAACGUGGUAAUAUAACUGAAGGAACGAUAACAAAUAAACAACAGGUUCUCAAUGGUGAUAAGGAAAUUGAUGAUGAUAAUGAUGAUGAAGAUGAUGAUAAUGAUGAAACUAGUCAGACUUUGUUGAGACAAUACUCUCAGACACUCGAUGAAGAAGAUGAUAAUGAAGAAGAGGAAGUUGAGGAGAGAGAAAACAAAUCUAUGUCAAAGGUCAUUCAGGGUCAUGGUCAAUGCUCAUGGUUAGGUCACAUAGAUUCAGACGAAGAGGAAGAUCAGUUCAAUGAACAAACUCUUAAAAAUGUUAGUAAGUACAAGUAUAAAGGAUUAAAAGACACGUUUGCACUUCGUCCUGACAAGAGGUGGAACCGACAACGAAGUGAUCCUACUGACUGGUUUUCACCUCAGAAGGUCAGUGAAGGUCAUGACCUUGAUGACAGUGAUAGUGCUCAUUCCUCCCCUGUCCGGUCUAAAAGUGACACUAAGCAUGACAUAACACCUAAGUCUGUUCAAAGAACUAAGCCAGUGUCUUUAUCUAGUACUGGUACCUUAAGUGGUACAAGACAACGAACAGAUGAUCCCAGGCUAAUGCAAACUUUAGAUGGAACUUCUAAAUCAAGAACAGCUAAGGUGCCUAUUUGUGAUAGAAUUGAGCAAUCAACAAAAGACAGUUCUAAAAAAAGAAUAGCAUUUAAAGGUGACAAAAGACAUAAAUCGCCCAAGAAAGCUUUUGAUGUGCCAGUAAAUGACAAUAAUGAAGAGCCAGAGUUUAAUGUAGGUGAUGUAAUAGCUCACUUGAAGGACAAUAUGUCACCAUACAGUUCUGUGGACACUCACUCAGAGACAAUUAGAUCACAGGGGUCGGAUGAUGUGUUUGAAAACCAGGAGCCUUCUCAGGGGAAAGGAAAAAAGAAGAAAGAGAGCUUUUUGAAGAAGCAAAGUGAAGCGAAGAGAAAGGGGUCAGAUGUUUCAGCAUCUGUAGAUCAUACCAGCUCUUCCACAGAUGUGAAGCUGUUUACUCGAGCACAGCAUGCCAAAUUCUCCAAGUCCUACAGUGAGGACAGCACCCUUAAUGGCCAGAAUGGGCAUCAAGCAAUGCAGGACGUUUUAUCCCAGGUUCGGGCAGGGUGUAGCGACUCAGUGAGAACAGAACACAUACUCCAUGUACAACAUGAGCUGUCUGAGGGGAUGGGUUAUGACAAUCUACGUCAUGUUCUCGGUAUAAUGGACCUGGUGUCAGAUGAAAAUGAUUUGCAGGUACAUUUGGAGCAUGUCCUUGGACCAAGCCUGUACAAUAAGUACAAAACCCACCUACAAGUGCUGAGAACACUAGAGGGAAAAACACACAGAAAAAACUUGACAGGCAGAUAAUCAGCUUAAUACACAGUCUUUUAUACUUUCAGUGCCAUUACUUUUAAACUUAGGGCUAUUCCAUUUAAAUAUAUAACCCCCUGGGGGAAGGCACUUUUAAAUUAUGCCACCCCCCUACAGAAGCAAAUUUACCCUUGUUGGGUUCAAAUUAGUGAAAAAAGACACCCACCUAUAUACUAUUUAAAUAAUUGCCUUCCCCCCAGGGGGUAUAUGUUUUACUGGAAUAGCCCUUAUUAAGAAUUUCUUCAUUAUUUUCAUUUACUUAUAAAGUUAAGAGGUUUUUUUUGUAAUUUCAUGGAAGAUAUUUUUUUUUACUCUAAUAUUUUCAUACAUUGAUGGUUCACAAUUUCCCACUCUUAAUUGCAAUAAAAGGAUUAACAAUUAUGAUUGCUUGAUCUGAUUUAUCUGACAGUCUUAGUGUUCAACCAUUAUAUUGACACCACUAAUGUAGGAUUCUAAUAAAAUAAAAAUGCUAACUUUCUUAGUGUUCAGUGCAUAAUGCCUCUAAAUAGUUCUAUACUAGCCAAUGUGCAUGCACGAGCUUCUAAAUACCUCACUUUAUAAAAACAAUAAAUGACUAAAUGAAAAGUUUUAUUUUGUUUAUGUCCGAGGCUUUCUAGAUAAUUAAAUGUGAAUCCACUGGAUGUGAACCCUUUCAGUGAUCUCCUUGGCAGAGGCAUAAGCUGGAACACUGAGGGUAUUUUCUGGGGAGGUGAAAGGAAAAGCCUUAUUUUACUCCAAACUAUUGUUGAUUUUGCUAAAAGAAAUACAUUUUGGACAGAACCACAAUCUUUUGUAGUAAUGUUGAUUUGUUUUGAUUCUCUGCUAUGUUUAUGGUGGCUAUUUGUUUCAGACAGCAAAUGUAGUGCAAUAUGGGGUAUGUUAUAAGUUGUUGUUUUAUACACAGGAUGUAGUUAGUUAUGUUUAUCUGUAAAUUACAUUAAUGAUGUUUUGUGAUAAGUCAUGUUUAGUUUUACUGUGUUCUUUGUUAAGCAGGACCACAUUUUUCAGUCAUAUGUCUGACUGAGAAAACCUGUUAUCAUAUUUAUGACAAUAAUCACCUUCCUCAACUUCAUGUUAACAUGUUCAUGUAUUUGUAGCAAAUAUAUGCCUUUUGGCAAACACAAACAUCGAAUUAUAUAUAUAUAUAUAUAUAAAGAUGGCAUAGCUCGAAGAUUUUUUGUAAACAACUGCUUGGAAAAAAACUUCCAAUAGAAUAUAAUAGAAUAGAACUCUUGGGGGCCCUUUCAUUUCCAAAGGAGAUAUUUCCACUGUAAAACUGCAGUUUUAAAUCCUUCUUUUGUACUCCUAGUAGGAUUCUUGAUGAAAUUCCCUCUACCAACCUCUGUACUUCAUAAUUAUCAUCCUAGUUCUGGCACACCGAUACACUACGCAAAUGUUGGCGUAAAGUGUGUACAGUAAUAAGUAUAUUUUGUUAAGUCAUGUUCAAAAUAUCAUCCAUUUUCUUGCACAUGUACCACACAAUAAAGAAAUGCCGUGUUCAUGUUUGUGUCAAUGUUUUAAUGUUAUUGGAAUCAACAUAGGUUAAAACUGCAGUCCUACAAAAUGUCAUCAGAUCUGAUACUAAUGUGCCACUAUAUGUUGUUGUUCUGAGAUUUUUACCUCUUAUGUUCAGAUAUUGGAUACCUUGUUUUGUUAUAUGUUCAUGUAUAUACAUAUAGACUAUAUUUUAUACCAUUGCAAUUUUAAAUGUACAUUUGAAUAGAGGGACAGAUAUAAAAUUUAAACCAUGGAAA